AUGGCAACCAACACUUCUCUAUCUAAUAGUACUAGUAACAUUACAGUGUGCUCCACGCCAGAAUGCACCAUAUUGGCCAAUGCUAUUAUGGCUGAUCUUGAUCUCAAUGUAGAUCCAUGCUCUGAUUUCUAUCAAUAUACCUGUGGAGGUUGGCUUGCAAAUGCCACUAUUCCAGACGAUGAAGUCAUUAUUGGGUCACAGAAAACCGCCCUUGAUAUUAACCAGGAGAUAAUGCGAUCCAUCUUGGAAGGCACUUACGACAAUUUGUAUAAAGAUCUUACCGGUUCAGACGAAGGCCUCCAUCGAGAGGAUCAAGAAGACGCUGACAAGGAAAACUUUGAAACCAUGCAAAAGUACUACAAUGUGUGUAUGAAUACAGAUGAGAUUGAUGCGUUAGGACCUACUCCCAUUUAUCAAGACGUCGCCAAAUUUGAGAAUGUGCUGUUCCCCGUCAGUAAUGAUGCGCAAGUGUUUUCAAACCAGUCUGUGCCCUCAUUCACUCAAGCCCUGAGUCGACUCAGUUCACUCUCUAUUCCUGCGCUUAGCACACUUUUUGUUGGAGCUGAUAACAAGAACCCUGAUAUGAACAUCAUCUAUUUUGAUCAAGUCAAAACUGGAUUGCCUUCAAAGGAGUACUAUGAAAUCCCUGAAACAUUAACAGUUUACAAAUCUGGUUUAACUGACAUUUUGACAAAGGUUCUUGGAAGCUACUCCAAUGGGACAUUAGAUGCUACCUUGCGUGAUACAGAGAGCCAAAAGUACAACUUCACACGAUGGUCUGACGAAAGGAUUGCUGUUUCUGUUGACAGAUUCAUUGACUUUGAAGCAAAGCUGGCCAACAUCUCCAUGAAAGCUGAAGAACUGCGAGAUCCUAGUGUCACCUAUAACCCUGUCAAGCUGCCUGAUUUUCAAGCAAACAACUCAUACGUCGACUGGACUUCUCUCAUUGAAUCUCUGUUACCCAGUGGCGAAGAGGUUCCCGAUAACAAUGUCACUAUUCGCGCUACGCCGUACUUUGAAAGACUCGACGCCUUGCUUUUCAGUGGCAAUGUCACGGAAAGAACACUGCAAAACUAUUGUAUCAUCAACUAUGUCACCAAUGUAGCCUUUACCUUGGACAGUUCAACCCGGGAAGCUGUAAGAAGAGCUGAAGAGUGUCAUCUCCAGUGGUACAACAGCUGCAAAACCUCGCUGGAAGACCUGCACCGAUGCUGUUAG